CCUACCAUUUCCUAGUUUUCUUCACUCUAGAAACUCAGAUGAAAAUUAAAGCAACAUGACAUCAGUCAAAUAUAAAAAGUAAAGAAACUCGCACCAGCUGUCAAUUGUUUAUACCAUAGUGCUUAUUCCAAUUCUUUGAGAGGUUCUUUUCUUUAGUUUUUCUGGCUUUAAUUCUCCCAUGGCUAAUCAACUUGUCCCUUCUUCUUCCUUCAGCACUACUCCUUCAUGGACAUACGAUGUCUUUUUGAGUUUUAGAGGUGAGGAUACACGGUACAAUUUUACAGAUCAUCUAUACCGUGCCUUGGACCGUCAUGGAAUCAACACCUUCAUUGAUCUUGAACUUCGACGCGGAGAAGAAAUAUCACCGUCUCUUCUCGAAGCAAUUGAAAAGUCGAGAAUUUCUGUCAUCAUAUUCUCUGAAAACUAUGCUUCUUCAAGAUGGUGCUUGGACGAGCUCGUACAUAUUCUAGAAUGUAGAAAGUCAAAGGGACAAAUGACAAGGCCAAUCUUCUACAAGGUGGAUCCAUCGGAUGUACGACACCAAAGAAAUAGUUACGGUACUGCGUUUGCUGACCAUAAUCACAAAUUUGAGAAUGACCUGGAGAAGGUGCAAAGAUGGAGGACAGCUCUUACAGAAGCAGCAAAUCUGAAGGGAGAUACUCUCAACGAGGGAAACAAUGAAGCUCAAAUAAUCAGCGACAUUGUUAAGGAUAUCCUUGCCCUGGUAAAUGACAAUUGUUUGUCAUCCAACUCAUCUCCAUCCAAUGACAAUAGUGAUGAUCAAAAUGCAGAUGACAACGUUGGUUCUGUUGGCAUUGUAAGAGUGAACCAGGAGCCAAUCCAUAGUAUUUUUUCGCCGGAUGGGAAAUUCAGGCGGAGUGUUACGUGGCGAAAACUUCGUGACCCUUUGGGAAGCGGUUCUUAUGGGACUGUGUAUGAAGGCUUAACUGAUGAUGGAAUUUUUUUUGCUGUAAAGGAGGUUUCUUUACUGGACCAAGGGAGCCAGGGAAAGCAGAGCGUUAUCCAACUUGAGCAGGAGAUUUCCCUUUUAAGUCAGUUUGAACAUGACAACAUAGUUCGAUAUCUGGGCACACACAAGGAUGAAACUAAGCUCUAUAUCUUCCUUGAGCUUGUAACAAAAGGCUCACUUGUAAAGCUAUAUCAAAACUAUAACUUAGAGGAUUCUCAAGUCUCUGGGUAUACAAGGCAGAUUCUAAGCGGGUUGACAUAUCUUCAUAAACGUCGUGUGCUUCACAGGGAUAUCAAAUGUGCUAAUAUAUUGGUACAUGCAAGUGGAUCUGUGAAACUUGCAGACUUUGGGUUAGCCAAGGUGACCAAAUUGAAUGAAUUGAAGUCUUCCAAAGGGACUGCUUAUUGGAUGGCCCCUGAGGUUGUUAAUCAAAUGAAUGGUGGCUAUGGGUUUGCAGCUGACAUAUGGAGCCUUGGAUGCACUGUAUUAGAGAUGUUAACCCGCCAGCCUCCGUACUUUCCCCUGGAAUGGACACAAGCAUUAUUUCAGAUUGGCAGCGGUAAACUUCCUCCAGUUCCUAAUUGGUUAUCAAGUGAUGCAAAAGAUUUCAUUUUGAAAUGUUUACAAGUUGACCCUUGUAGCCGACCCACUGCGGCUCAGCUAUUGAACCAUCCAUUUGUUAAAAGGCCACUCAGCUAGUGAUAUUGUUAGGUGAUAUAAAGGAACUGGUUAGUGUUUGGAUCUAUAUACGCUCUCAAGCCAUGGUAGAACAUUAGCUUCCACGAACGUGGUUUGGGGAAGGGGAUAUGCUUCCAAUAUUUUCACAAAGAUGCGAAUGGUUUGCUAAUCAAACGAAGCACCUCUUGGUCAGUGUGUGUGGAUCUGCACUAUUAGGGACGUGACGGACCGGAGAAACUUAAAAGCACGUUUUGUAGCUUAUGGACUUCGCUGUUAAUACGUUUUGUAAUAACUUCCUGAUGGAUACAACUCAAUCGAAUAUGAGACUCGGUGGAUUUGCGUGAGGCUGUUUAAUAA